ACGCCGCGGACCACAUGAGUCUUUCCGCUCAUCCUUCACUUAAUCUCCUCCAGUGCUCUGAUACCUCUUCCAUCUCUCACAGCAAUGAGUCUCCUGGGCUUCACUGUGGUUCUGGGACUACUGCUGGGGGUGUGGGCUCAGCACAAUGUGCUUCGGCCUCUGUGUGACUCCCCCAAGGCCGAGGAGGCUGCUCUGGUAGCCCAGGAUUACCUCAAUGGACAGCACACUCAUGGUUACAAGUAUGCACUGAACAGGAUCGAGGAUAUCAAGGUCCAAGUCGAGCCUAAUGGACAGGAGACAUAUGUCCUCGAAAUUGAUCUGCUGGAGACGAACUGUCAUGUGCUGGACCCCACACCUCUUGCCAACUGCUCAGUCAGACCAAAAUUGUUGACGGCCGUGGAAGGAGACUGUGAUGUGGUGCUGAAGAGAGUUGGAGGAGUUCUGACUGUCACUGCGUUCAAGUGUAAAACAGAGGAAUCAACAGAGGACCUGUGCGUGGGCUGCUCUACCCUCCUCCCUCUAAAUGACACUGCAGCGCUGGACUUCGUGCAGGCCUCUCUGGCAAUCUUUAAUAACAACACUGUGAAUGUGACUUACACUAUUCUGGAGGUUGGACGGAUGUCGUCACAGCUUGUGUCUGGGGGGCCACAAUAUUUAGUGGAAUAUGUCGUAGUCGAGGCUAAUUGCACCAAUGACGCCUGCAUGCCCCUGAAUGACCCCAUGGCUCAACGUGGUAUUUGUACUGCCAAAGGGUUCAAAAUUGCUCACAGUGUGGACUGCAAGAUGUUUGCCGCACCCAUGAUGCCUGCUGUAGAUGCCAACAGCACUGUAGCUGCAGCUCCUGCCGUGCCACCAGCAGUCCACGUACAUACAGACAGCCUGUCACGCAGGCAUGGUCUAAAACACCACAAACUGACCUCUCUCCAUGACCCUCAACAAAGUGGCCUUCUGUCAGCAGAGUCAGCUGAGUCAGCAGAAAUUGUACCUGUGGUCCCUGCUGUGGUUGCUGCAGCUGCUGAUCCUGCUCCAGCCGCUGAUCCUGCUCCAACUGCUGCUGAUCCUGCUCCAACUGCUGCUGAUCCUGCUCCAACUGCUGACUCAACCUCAGAUUCCUCAAGCAGUAAAGAGGUCCCUGUUAUUAUGUUUAAGAGGGACAUAGCUGCUGCAGCCGCCCCAGCAGUAGCUGAUAGCCCAGCAGCUCUAACAGAUCCAAUUCUUCUUGUGCCAGUCUGCCCAGGACGGGUCAGAUUUUUCAGUUGAACAGGCACCACACACUCUAUGUACCUGCUGCCUCCAGCGGCAUUGAUGCUAGUGUACCUUAAAUCAAUGUAGGAACAGGUGCUGUGGUAGUUUCCAACUAAUGAAGAAUAAAUUAAAUUGUCGAAAUAACAUAAUUAAUUGCAAAACGCCCAUUGAAAUUCCUGAAAAUUUGAUUAGAAAGGUGACUGUCAUGCUGAAUAAAUCUCUGAAGUCAAAA